GAGUUUGUAAAAACGUUAGGGUUAAAAUGGUCACCAGUUGAGGAUUGCUUUCUAUUUCAUUUGGUAGCGGAUAAUAGCGUUAAAACUACAAAGCGUUCAAUUCUAUCAAAAUUGGCAAGUUUUUUUGAUCCGAUAGGUCCCCUCAAUCCUCUGAUUGUAACAUGCAAAAUUUUGAUGCAACAACUGUGGAAGCUGAAGUCGCCAUGGGAUGAUGAGGUCCCACCCGGGAUCAAGGUUCAUUGGGAACUAUUCAAUAAACAACUACCGCUUUUACAAACAUUAAAAAUACCCAGGUAUGCUAAUAUUGAUAUCGAUACUAAACUUCACGCAUUUGCAGAUGCAAGCACUAAGGCAUAUGGAGCAUGUGUGUAUGCAGCAUGGAGUGAUGCAUAUGGUGAGCAUUCGUCACUACUCUGUGCUAAAUCUCGAGUGGCACCAACGAAAGGGAUUACAUUACCUAGGCUAGAACUUUGUGCAGCCCUAAUGGCCGCAGAACUGAUGUCAGCAGUUAACAACAUACUCAAUCUUCCUGGCGCAAAUGUAUACUGCUGGUCAGAUAGCACAAUUGCGCUUGCUUGGAUAGCAGGUGAACCGUCGAGAUGGAACGUUUUCGUGGCCAACAGGGUAGCAAAAAUACAGCAAUUAACGAAAACCUUUUCCUGGAAUCACGUACCAACAGACCAGAAUCCCGCUGAUAUUGUAUCACGUGGAGCAUGUGCCAGCGAACUUUUACGAAAUACACUUUGGUGGCACGGACCAGAAUUUAUCCAACGGAGCUGUGAUUAUUGGCCUUCAGCAGUGCAUGUAUCACAAAACGAAUUACCAGAACAGCGGCUUCAAAGAACUGCAUUAAUUGCUAUUCCAACUUCUGACUUCAUUAGUAAACACAAAAGACAUCCACGCCAUUGAGAUUGGAGAACAACAUCGCAACUCAAAGCUAAUUUCAUUGUCGCCAUUCUUGCAUAAGAACUUACUCAGAGUUGGAGGACGACUUAAAAAUUCAUUAUUGCCUUUUAACAGUAAACACCCAAUUCUACUUCCAUCAUCACACGCAUUUGUAAAUACAUUAAUUCGACAUUUUCAUCAACAUCACUUGCACGCCGGAGUCCAAACGCUUCAAAACAUUUUGAGAGACAAGUUCUGGAUAACAAACGCACGCCAUGUUAUAAGAAGGGUAAUUCACGAUUGUGUAUCCUGCUACCGCAGUAACCCAAUUAUUGCUGAGCAAUUUAUGGGGCAUCUUCCAGCAGAUCGAGUCCAGCAAACUUACCCGUUCGAAGUGACAGGAGUGGAUUAUUGUGGACCUGUCCUUAUAACUCAACGAAUUCGCGGCCGUUCACCAAUUAAGUCUUAUAUUGCAGUAUUUAUUUGUUUUGUAACUAAGGCAGUACACUUAGAAGUUGUACCCAACUUGUCCACACAAGCAUUUAUGUAUAAUUUAAGUAUAAUUUGCUGAUUAUUUUGGAGUAGUUGACUCCAACCGGGGGAGGAUGUUAAGGGUUUAAGGUUUAUUUUCGCAUCACCCACAUUUUGGGCUCACCCUAACUUUAUUUUCGCAUCACCCACAAUUUGGGCUCACCCUAUUCCUUUCACUUCUCUAUCGCUCACAUUUCAUUUCAUCAUUCACUUCGCUCUUCGCUGCUUUACAUAUUGUUGUUAUCGCUCACAUUUCAUUUCAUCGC